AAUGUGCUUCCUGGUUGAGAGGCGGUCUGAACUGGAACAACAACAAACCUUAGAAUUAGCCAUACGUCUAGCUAACGUGUACACUUUAUAUAUUAUUCUGUGUUAGCACGGUAUCUUUUUACUGGUAGACAUGUCUGGAAAAGCCAAAGAAAUCCUAAAGAUGGACCUCUAUGGGUUGCUCGGCAUUGAAAGCACUGCUACAACGAAAGAGAUCAAGAAAGCUUAUCGACAGAAAGCCUUAACAUGCCAUCCAGACAAGAACCCCGACAACCCAAAAGCAGCGGAGCUCUUCCACCAGUUGUCCCAGGCUCUUGAGGUGUUAACUGAUGCUGCUGCCAAGGCUGCCUAUGAUAAGAUUUGUGCUGCGAAGAAACAAGCAGAAGAAAGAACCAGGAAACUAGAUGACAAGAGGAAGAAAAUUAAACUAGACUUGGAGGCCAGAGAAAGACGGGCAGAAAAUGAGACCCAGGAGGAGGUGCAAAACACACGAACGCUUGAAGAAGAGAUCGCCCGUUUGAGAGAGGAGGGCUCCAGGCAGCUUGAGGAGGAACAGAGGCUCAUCAGAGAGCAGAUCCAGAGGGAGAAAGAAGCACAGCAAACAGAAGGCUACACACAGAGAGUUUCAGGAGUGGAAAGAUGUUCUAAGAGUAAUGUGACCCCCAAAUUGAAGUUAAAGUGGAAGUUUAAAAAAGAGGACGAGACGAAUGGGGGGUACUCCCAAGACAUUCUUUUCAGACUUCUACAAAAGUACGGAGAUGUGUUAAAUGUGAUUGUUUCCAAUAAGAAGAAAGGAAGUGCUGUGGUUGAAUUUGCAACUGUGAGAGCGGCUGAGCUGGCAGUUAAAAAUGAAUGCGGCCUGAGUGAAAACCCCUUGAAGAUUGCGUGGCUUGAAGGACAGCCGGCGGUUGUCACCACAGCAGCUCAACCUGGCCAGUUCGUGUCUUCACAGUACUCCCUGACAAACGAGCGCGACUAUGAGAGCGUAGUGAUGAUGAAGAUGCGGCAGGCGGCUGAGCGACAGAAACUCAUAGAACAAAUGCAGAGGGAUGAUGAGGAAGACUCUUGACAUAGCACAGCUGGACUCAGCAGGACUCAGCUCGGUACCACACUGCAACUAUUAAAUGAACCUGUCUCAGGCUUUAGUUUCAUAAAGCAUCUUAAGUGUGUGUGUUUUUUUUUUUAUGUUUUACAAUUUGUGGCCAAAUAAAUGUUUUUACUAGUUGAAA